AUGCCCUUUUUUGUCAUAUUUUUGAUCGAUUCCGUGAUUUCUUCGAAUAUUCUAUUCAUUGGUCCCUCAUUUGCUCCAAGUCAUAAUAAUUUCUAUGCGAAAAUUGCGGAUACAUUGUCACAAAACGAGCACAAUUUGACAUUUUUGAGGCCGAUAUACGAUGAAAGAUCAAGGGACAAAUUUAUGCCGAAAUUCGCGCAAAAAUUGAUAGUUAUUGAUAAAAAUGGAGAAGAUGGAAAGCGAAAUUUGGACGAUUCUAGUCAUAUUUGGACAACAGAAUUUAAAAUGGAAAAUGUGAAGCAGAAUAUGAAACCAUUUAUGGAAAUGCUCAAAGCUGGAUGUGACAGCUUCUUAAGCAAUAUGAAUUUAUUGGAAGACUUGAGGAAUUCGAAAUUUGACGUUGCGUUUGUGGAGCCUUUUGAUGCUUGUGGUUUGGGAGUUAUCGAUUACCUGGGGAUCAGCAAGUUCAUAUUGAUUACCAGCACAACCCAUUUCGAUCACAUCCUUCCAUUCAUUGGUGAACCAUUGGAAUUGAGUUACGUGCCAUCGGUUGGUUCACUACAUGGCGAUAAGAUGACUAUCUGGCAGAGAUAUGAGAACUGGAAAAUGGAUCAAGUUUUCAGUGGAACGAUUCGAGAACUGUUCGAUGAGGAGCAGACGAUUUAUAGAGAACGACUUGGGCAACAUUUGAAGUCUUGGAAGGAGAUUCUACCGAAAGCCUCUCUCGUUUUGACCAAUUCGAACCCGAUUUUGGAUUUUCCGAGACCGAUUCUUCACAAAACUAUAGCGAUUGGUGGCAUUUCCUAUAAAAAGUCUGAAAUUCUGGAAAAGGAAUGGAAUUCCGUACUACAAUUGCGACCAAGGACCAUUAUAAUCUCAUUUGGCUCGAUGGCUCAAUCAUCGCAGAUGCCAAAAGAAUGGAGAAAAUCGAUCCUUGAUGUUAUUACUUUGUUCCCUGACGUCACAUUUAUUUGGAAAUAUGAGAAAGAUGAUGUUGAAUGGGCGAAUUUAGCAGGAAACAUACGAUUUGCAAAAUGGAUUCCACAGAGUGCUUUAUUAGGCGAUCGUCGACUUGCUGGAAUCGUCAGCCACGCGGGUCUGAGCAGUGUCAUCGAAUUGGCGUACUCUGGAAAACCGGCGAUUCUGAUUCCAUUAUUCGGAGACCAAUUUCGAAACUCAAAAAUGAUGGCACGGCACGGCAGUGUCGAAAUCGUCGAGAAAUUCCGGAUCGCAUCGGAUUUCAAAAUCGCACUGGAAUCAUUGUUGCGAUCUGAUGGCAUGCUUCAGAACGCCAGGAAUCUGUCCAGAAAACUGCAAAAUCAACCGUUUACUCCCAACGAGCUUCUUCUUAAAUGGACGUCGUUUGUCGCCGAGUUUGGACCAUUAGAUUCGCUGGAUCCAAAAAGCGCAAGAAAUCUAAAUUUUCUUCAGAAAUCCUUUUUGGAUGUCUAUGGUAUUCAUGGUGUGAUGCCGGAUAUGACAAUAUUGGACAAUGCCACAAUCAAUGCAUGUGGACUAUCCUCACUGUUAAGACAGAGCCCGAAGACGACGUUGAUCGUCGAUUGUCGCGGCUUUACCGAAUUCAAUGAAUCGCAUGUUCGGACGUCGGUUAACGCGUUCUUCUCGAAACUCAUCCGGAGACGUUUGUUUGAGAACAAGUUGGACGAUUCCUGCUUAUUACAACAGUUGACCAGUCAUUCAGCGGUGUGUCGUGAGAUGAGCGAGAAACUUGAUGUUGUGCUUUAUGGUGAUGAAGAGAAGCCGAGAGGAACGGUAAAGCGAAGAAACGCUUCCUAUAAUGGGUGUGAGAACUCGUCGAAAAUAUUGAAAACGCUUCGCGAUCGUCUUGAAGAGACACAAAAGUUCAGAGCGGUCAUGGUCCUAGAAGGCGGCUACAAGAAAUUCGAAUCGCAAUACCCACAAUUGUGUGAAGCCUCGCCUGGAAUGAACCGAAUACCGCAGAGUUUCUCGCAGCCUUGCCUAUCAAUUCCUAAUGGUGAUGGCAUCACGAAAAUCACGCCGUUCAUCUAUCUAGGCAGCCAGAUUGAUAGUCUUGAUGAGAAUAUGUUGAAGGCGCUUGACAUCACCAGCGUAAUUAAUUUGUCCGUGACAUGUCCCAAAUCGGUUUGCAUCAAGGAUGAGAAGAACUUUAUGCGAAUACCUGUGAACGACUCGUACCAGGAGAAAUUGUACCCGUAUUUUCCCGAGGCUUAUGAAUUCUUAGAAUCUGUUCGGAUGGAAGGGAAGAAGUGUCUGAUUCAUUGCCUAGCAGGAAUCUCAAGAUCACCAACUCUCUGUAUUUCUUAUAUAAUGAAGCAUAAGAAAAUGAGCAGUGAUGAGGCUUAUAGAUAUGUCAAAAAUCUGAGGCCUUCGAUCUCGCCAAAUUUUAAUUUUAUGGGUCAACUCCUUGAAUAUGAGAAUCAGCUGAUUAAAGAGAAUGUGCUGCGGCCUGAGCAGGCCUCAAGACCGUAUCGCAAUGAGAAAACGAGUCAGGAUCUUCUGUGUCCGCCGAAGGUACCAAAGAGUGUGUCUAGUGUAUUCACACCGACCCCUGAAGCCAGCAAUGAGGAAUCAAUGUCUGACGCCGAGCCGUCGGCGACAGUCAAUGAGAAUGGGAAGCGAAGUCUUACCGAGAUGCCGCCAUGUCGGCCGAAAGCGUUGGGAAUUUCGAAUCGAAAAGCCCAACUGUCUUCGGCGGCGUCGGUGCCGAUUACCCCAGAUGUUCCGUCGCCUUCAUCGGAAUUCAGCAGAUUGUCGUUCGAGGCUGGAAUUGAUCCAGAGAAUCAGCCAUCAUCACCUAGCUCAACCGCAUCGUCAUAUUAUUCAAGCUCAGAGGACUCGUCGCAACUUGCUUAUACGAAUCCGUGUUUUGUCAUGAGUCGCGCUCCCACGAAGGAAUGUGGUGGAAUUCGAAUCCCUAGUGCCUUGGUGAAUCCAGUGUUUUGUGAUGAGGCCAACGAGCCAAGCGGGUCAGGAAGUAGAGCUCCUCCGAAUUUUAGGUUCAAAAAGUUUGUGUCGAGACCAACGUCUCGUCCCGAAUGCCUGCGGUCAUCCGGCGUGAUCCUGCUGCAGCACAGUCAGCUGCCAGCUACCACCGAAGAGACCGAAUCACCGGAAUCCGGUUUCAACGAGUCGUGCGUCGACGAUGAUCGGAAAUCGAUCAGCUCGACAAGUUCUCUAGAAAUCUCUUGCAAAUAA